AUGGAUGGGGAUGAACGCAACCAGAUAUCUGCAAAUGUUUUUGAGUGGACUAAGCAAGGAAAUGUAGUCGCUCUCGAGAAGCACACCAGGUACCUGGACAUACGCGACAACAUCAGUGCCAGCCCAGUGCACUACGCCACAUCCAUGGGACACUUUCGCAUCAUCAGACUGAUAGUGCAGUUCACUGGACAACAUGAGCUCAAUGCCAGGGAUGAGGAAGGGAACACACCUCUUCAUUGGGCUGUGCAGAAGGAGCAGCCAGGAAGCUGCUCUGUGCUUCUGACUCUGGGAGCAGAUCCUAACAUCCUAAACAACAGCCAACUGUCACCGCUACAUAUGGCGGUCAGCCUGGGUAAACAUUUUGUGUUAGAGCAACUUGUCUCACAUAAACAAACUGAUGUGAACCUGGAAGGAGACUUGGGAAACACCCCUGUCAUUUUAGCUGCUUUUUUGGACAACCAUGAGGCUCUGGUCUUACUGUAUAAACACGGUGCAAAGUUCUGUCGUCAGAACAAGCUUGGUCAUUUUCCGAUUCAUGCUGCUGCUUUCGCUGGAGCUAAGAAAUCCAUGGAGGUCUUUCUUCUGAAAGGUGAGAUGUUAAGUUGGUCUAUUGACACCCAUAUAAACUAUGUGGAUAAAUCUUGCAGUAGUCCACUCCACCUGGCCGUACGUGGAGGAAAUCUUGACAUCAUUAAACUCUGCAUUGCAUAUGGAGCAAAAAUUGAACAGCAGCAGUGUGAUAAAUCCACUGCUCUCCACUUUGCGUGUAGUCAAGGUGCCACUGAGGUUGUUAAAGUCAUGCUCUCGGCUUAUCAUAAAGUGUGUGACCUUAUCAACAUCACUGAUGGGGCCAACCAGACACCUCUACAUAAAGCAGCCAUUUUUGAUCAUUUUGAACUCUCGGAGUACCUUAUCUCACAGGGUGCUGACAUUGACUUUGUUGACUGCAAAGGCCAUUCUCCACUUCUUCUGGCAACAAGUUGCGGAGCAUGGAGAACUGUCAAUCUGCUCCUCACCCAUGGAGCUGAUCUGAAGAAAAAAGACAAAUCUGGAUGCAACUUCUUGCAUCUGGCCAUCUUGAAACCAAGGGGUCUGAAAAACUUACCCACAGAGGUACUGCAGCACGAGAGUGUGAGAGAGCUUCUCAAUGAUGAGGAUAUUGAGGGCUGUACUCCUCUCCAUUAUGCCUGCAGACUGGGAAUACCAGAGUCUGUGAAGAACAUGCUGGGAUUAGAGGUCUGGCUGGACCAGAAGUCCAAACAGAAGAAAUCUGCACUUCAUUUUGCGGCCGAAUAUGGGAGGAUCAACACAUGCCACAGGCUUCUGGAGAUGGUGACAGACACCAGACUGCUGAAUGAGGGGGAUGAGAAAGGACUGACCCCACUGCAUCUGGCCUCUCGUGGAGGUCACCUUAAAGUAGUUGAGCUUCUCCUACGCAAGGGGGCGCUGUUUCACAGUGACUAUGGAGGAUGGUCAUGCCUUCAUCAUGCUGCAUCUGAAGGAUUCACACCGACCAUGGACACUUUGCUGACAUCUAACAUCAAACUUCUAAACAAAACUGAUGGAGAUGGGAGCACAGCUUUGCAUCUGGCUGCUAGGGCAGGUCAUGUGGCAGCAGUAAGACUGCUGUUAUACAGAGGGGCCAAGAUCAUCCUCAACAAGAAUGAUUCCUCUUUCUUGCAUGAGGCCGUACAUAAUGGGAGGAAGGAGGUCACCAACACUGUGAUCGAGAGCGACAGAUGUGAAGAGGCGAUGACAACAUACAAACCAAACUCAACAAAACGUUGCAUUGUCAUGGACAUGAUUGAGUUUCUUCCAGAGUCCUUUAAACAUCUUCUAGACACUUGCAUAAAGGAAUCAGAGGAAGAUGUGAACAGCACUGAUUACUACCGGGUGUUGCAUUCCUUCAGUUCAAAAGACGCGAAAUAA